AUGCUAAAGCAACUACUUCAAGGGCAAGCUGAUGGGGUAGUGGACACAAGCAAGAAGCUAGCUGAAAUAAACUCUAAGAUCGAGAACCUCAACACAAGGGUUUACUCUCUGGAGAAUCAUGCUUCUUCUGUUGCUGCUGCUACAAAGCAAGGACAACUACCUGGUAAAGCUAUUCAGAACCCCAAGGAACAGUGCAAGGUCAUCUUCACUCAAGAAGGACUUGUUGAAGAAGAGGAUCAAGAAAGGGUCAUUGAAGAUUUUUGUUUACUGCUGAAUGAUGAAGAGAUUGUUGCUGCUGAGGCUCCUGGAGUCCAGAUUGAUCAACCAGAAGUGCAGGCACCUACUGUGGCCAUUCACACUUCACCAGUUGAGCUCGCACGACAAGCUCGAUCGGCAGCUCGAUCGAGUCCAACUCUAGCUCGAUCGAGUCCGACCUCUUCUGUCCGACAGCCUGUUUUGCUUGAUCCUUAUCAACCGGUUGCCGCUUCCUCGUCUCGCCUACUUAGUCAAGGUCACAAGGAAGUGAUUCACAAGUUCAGAAGAGAUCUCAGUGGGAUUGGAAUUGAGUUGCCUCCUAUGGAUAGCAUGAGUGAGGCAUUUGAUCAAAUGCAAAUGGUCAAGGAUGUUCUAGCCAACAGUGAUAAAGUUUCAGAGGUCCUACAAGAGUCUACUCAUCAGUUCAACCUGCUUACUUCACCCACCUUCCUACCAAAGGUCAAGGAUCAAGGGAAAUUCACUCUCCCUUGCACACUUGGGCAUCUUGAGAUUGACAAUGCCUUAGUGGAUUCUGGAGCAAGCAUCAAUCUGAUCUCUCUCUCCAUGGCAGAGAAGCUAGGCAUAGCUGGAGCCUUGCAGCGCCCUACUACUUCAAUCAUGUUUGGAGAUGCAACUUCUAAGUCUCCUCUUGGAGUGUUCAAGAACUAUCACUUGAAAAUUGGAGAAUGCAUCAUCCAAACUGAUCUCACUGUGAUGGAAAUGGAAGAAGAGAAGGAUUUGCCUUUGUUAUUGGGAACCCCUUUCCUUAGUACAGUUGGCGCUUCAAUAGACUUUCACAAGCAAGAAGUGAUCCUUCACAAGGUGAAUAGUUUGGUGUCAUAUCGCUUGCAGCCUAGAGGUUCAGACUUUUGUGCCACAAUUGACAGUACCAAUCUCAGUUCUAAGAGUCAUGGAGCUACAAAGGUUGUGAAGGAAAGGGUUGACAAGGAACCAAGAGUUGGGAAGGAUAAGGAUGAGAGAGGACCAAGGAUUGAGAAGCCACGUCUUGAGAGGGCUAGAGUUGAGAAACCACGAUCUGAUAGGCCAAGAGCUGAGAGACUUGUUCAAGCCCCUUGUGUGCUUGAUGAAGAGAGCCUUCAAGCUUUGUUUGAUGAGCCACUAGGAAGGGCUCUAAAAGAAGGGGAGGAUGCAGCCUCUAAGGCAAGACCAGGAGAUAAAAGAAAGGAUCCACCAGCUCAGGCCCCUUCAGUCAAGCCAUCUCAGCUCACAAUGACUUUGUUCCCCACCAAGUUUGAAAAUGGGAAGAUUGAGUACAAGAUAAGGUACAAGGGGAGAUCAAGGCCAUUCUCUAGAGCCAAGGCCUUGGUGACUUCAGAACAGUCCAGGGACCCAACCAAGCUAAAGGAGCUUCUGUCUCAAGUCCUCACUAUCACCCUUGAUGGUGGGACUAGCUCAACCAAUGCCUAA